AUGGAUUGGUCAGACCACAAGAUUGACACAGGGAGCUAUCAAGCCAACACUUCGCCAUGGGUGGUUGAGCACCUUUCGAAACCGAAAGAUGGACUCAGCAGUCGUCAGCUCUUCGGUGUCCUAGGUCUAUUAGCACUAUGCUUGUGCAUAAAUGUAGCACCGGAGAGAUCUGAGAGCUUGUUGGCAGGAUUACAACAUUGCGCUAAGCAUGAAGAUAUCCCAAAUCCCGCUCUACAUCGUCGAGGCCGAGCACAAUCGGAUAGAUACGAAGAAGGUAGUCCAGAUGUGUACAUAUACAACGCUACAGUAUGGACAGGAGCGAAGAAUGGGACAGAAACGCUUUACAAUUCAUCAGUCUUGCUCUCAAAAGGAUUAGUCAAAGCAAUCAAUCCGAAAACCGACAAGGUGUCCGGUGUGGUACAGAAAGUAAACGCCAUGGGUGCGUGGGUUACACCAGGUAUCGUUGACAUGCACAGUCACGCUGGGCAGGUCACAUUCCCGAUCUUUGCUGCUACCAACUCCUUAGUUAGCCAUAAUAACAUCAUCAUGCCUUUUUCUCAAGCCAUAGACAGUUUCAACACUCAUGAUCUGGCGCUACGGUUAGUCACCUCUGGAGGUACAACUACAUCCAUGAUUCUUCCCGGUUCCAGUUCGGCUAUGGGCGGAGAAGCGUGGGCUAUGAAAUUUCGUAAUACCACUGCGAAUUCACCUACCAGCAUGUUGAUUGAGCCCCCAUUUGAAAUAUCGCAACAGGGACAAUACCAGAGGACUAAGUCCUGGAGAAAUGCGAAACAUGCAUUAGGAGAAAAUAUCAGCAAAACUUGGAAGGAGAUCGGUGGUACAAGGGAAGACACUAUUUAUUACAUUCGAAAGGCGUAUUCAUCCGCCGUCGACAAAAGAGAUGCCCAAGAUGCCUGGUGUCGAGUAGCCUCCAAAGUGUCUACAAGACAGUCGAGAUACCUUCGCUGGCCAUUUGGAAGAGGCUCUUCUGGUACAGCCGCCAAGGAUCUAGGUGACUAUCCCAAAUCUAGUCUCGAGGAGGAAUUAUUGGUAGAUGUAUUACGCGGUAAAGUCAGGAUACAUGUUCAUGCUUACGAAUCAACUGACUUCGACGCCCUCAUGCGGAUAAGCAACGAAUUUCGAUUCCCGAUCGCUUCCAUACAGCAUGCACAUGAAGCAUGGACAUCAGUCGAAACCUUGAAAAGGUUUUAUGGAGGUCCCCCUGCUAUUGCCAUGUUCGCUACUAGUGCUCCAUACAAGCAUGAAGCCUAUCGUCAUUCGCUUUUUGCACCGAUUAUUCUCGCUGAGCAAGGUAUACCGGUGAUUUUCAAGAGUGACCAUCCUCCAGCUGUCGACUCUCGAUACCUCCUAGCAGAGGCUGCGUUGGGACAUCACUUUGGACUGGCAACCAAUCUUGCCAUGAUGUCGGUCACUUCUGAGCCAGCCAAGGCCAUCGGGCUUGACCACCGAGUCGGAUAUCUACUUCCCGGAUAUGACGCAGAUGUAGUGAUCUGGCAAUCUCAUCCAUUGACUCUGGGUGCAACUCCGGCGCAAGUAUAUGUAGAUGGCAUACCUCAGCUUGAAGCACCUGCUUUGGUAUCUCGACCUGCAAUAGACCAAGAAACGCCGCCUUCGGCGGAUUACUCUCAACAGAUUAAAGCAGCCAAAAUCUCUCACCACGGAGAUGUAGAUUUAAAUCCUACCUGGAUCGAACAGUCCCUGACUUUCUCCAAUGUUUCCAGUUACAUCUCCCGCAGAAAUGGAGCUUUGCAUGAAGACGUCUUUGACGAGGGACGCAUCAUCGUGGAAAAUGGAGCCAUCGUCUGCGCCGGAGAUUGUGAAGGUCACAUGACUAUGAGGGAGGUAAACCUUAUGGGAGGUGCUAUAUCACCAGGUCUCACUCUCUACGGUACAUCCAUGGGCUUGAUUGAGAUAAAUGAGGAGCCUUCCACCACAGAUCAUGACCAGUCACCCUUAUCUCUUACUCCUCCAACCGGCUCGGUGGAUAGAGCGGCAAAUGCAGCCGUCUUUGGUGGUAAGGAGUCCCUGAUAUCGUUACGAGCUGGUAUCACAAAUGCGAUCACACCACCGCUCAGCUCAAACAUCUUCAAAGGCUACUCAAUGUACAUCUCCGUGCCUGCGCCAAAUAGGCUUCACCCAGGAGCCAUGAUCGAGAAGGAGGUGGCCUAUCACGUAUCGGUUGGACAUGCACCUGUCUACCCGGUAUCACCAACUGGUCUUCAGAUCUCCGCACAGAUUCAAGCAAUCCACACACUUCUCUUGAGUGAAGAUCGAGAGGGGGGUACACCAUUAGAGAAAACAUUCAGAAAAAUUGCUGAAGGCGAGAUCACGCUUGUCGUAUUUGUGUCAUCAGCAGAUCAAAUGGCUACGUUGAUCGACAUGAAAAAGGAAGUUGAAGAGACGUAUAGCUCCACCAUGAAAAUGGUAUUCGAUUCUGCCUUGGAAGGUCACCUCAUAGCUAGCGAAAUCGCUGCUGCCAAGAUAGGCGUGAUCACGAGGGAAAGAGGCAAUCCUGUCACAUGGGAUGACUAUCGCGCUUUACCAGGAGCGCCCCUGUCCGAGGACACCAAUAUCAGUGCUCUACGAAAGGCAGGCGUAAUUGUUGGAAUUGGAAUGACAGGAUCUCGAGCUUCCACGUCGAAUUUGAGGUACUAUCUUGCGUAUAGUAUCACUGAUGCCACCGACAAUGCAAGUAAGCUUGACGCACUGGCCUUAGCAUCCACAAAUAUCGAGAAGAUACUGGGUGUUCCUGCACCGACCGAUACCUGGGUGGCAACGGAAUAUGGGGGAUUACUGGAUAUCGGUCAAAGUAGAGUGGUAGCAGUUGCUCGAGGUGACGGAACAGUGGCUGGCUUGUAA